UUUUGUCAUCCUGCAUGAGUUUCUGCAUCAGACUGUUCUUCAGCUGCUUUUUCAAACCUAAGUCUACUUUUUGCACUUUUCCUUCAUAUUUGUCUAAGUUUGCAGAGUGUGAAGAUGACCAAGGGCGAGCAGGCAGAUUCUUAUAUUGAAGCUUGCUUCCAGGAACCCGGGCCGACUGUUGCUUUCACCAGGCUGCAUUACUGUGUUCAAGAGAAGAAGUUCUGCCGAAAGAUAGGUCCUGAAAAACAAAUUCUCAAAGAUGUAAGUGGCAUCAUGAGACCAGGGAUGAAUGCUAUCAUGGGAGCCACAGGAAGUGGUAAAACAUCACUUCUAGAUGUCAUAGCAGGUAGAAAAGAUCCAGCUGGACUGCGCCAAGGAACAGUCCAAGUGAACGGCAAACCUGUCACUUCUGAACUCAGGCUCAGCUCUGCUUAUGUGGUACAGGAUGACAUCGUGAUGGGCACUCUAAGUGUGAGGGAGAACCUUCUCUUCAGUGCCAACCUGCGUCUCAACCCAAAAUAUUACUCCUCUGCUGAUAAACAGGAAAGAGUGAAUUCCAUCCUGCAAGACCUGGGCCUUGUGGACUGUGCCGACACUAAGAUAGGAACUGAGUUUCUGCGAGGCGUAUCAGGAGGGGAGAGGAAAAGGUGCAGCAUCGGGAUGGAGCUCAUAACUUCUCCCUCUCUGUUGUUUCUGGACGAGCCAACAACAGGACUGGAUUCCAACACUGCAAACUGCAUCAUUGGUCUGCUGUCCAAACUGUCCAGAAGAGGUAAAACUGUAAUCUUCUCCAUCCACCAACCACGCUACUCCAUCUUCAAGCAGUUUGACCACCUCACUCUGAUGCAUAAAGGAGAGAUUGUGUACGCAGGGGCAGCAGACCAUGCUCUGGAAUAUUUUACAGACAUCGGGUAUCAAAUUGAGCCUUUUAACAACCCUGCUGAUUUCUUCAUGGAUAUCACAAACGGAGAGGCAACAUCCAGAAAGCAACCACAGAAAGAGGAGGGCAAGAACUGGUUAGCGAUGGAGUAUCGUGAAUCUGGCAUGUACCAGAACAUAAUGCAGGAACUGGACCAGGUGAACCAGAGCAUUACUGAUACGGACAACAGAAAAGAAGAGGCAGCCAACUACAACACAUCCUUCCUCUAUCAGAUGCGUGUGGUGUGUGGAAGAACAGUGCUGAACCUUCUCAGGAAUCCGCAGACCUCAUACGCCCAGCUGGUUCUCAAUAUCUUUUUUGCCAUUCUGGUGGGACUUAUUUACUUCCAGAUGCCUCUGACUCUGCCAGAGGGUUUGCAGAACAGGAGUGGCGCUUUCUUCUUCCUCAUCAUAAACAUGGUUUUUGGGAAUCUUUCUGCUGUCGAACUCUUUAUCAACGAAAGGGCAAUCUUCAUUCAUGAGAACUCCAGUGGAUAUUACAGAACCUCUGUCUACUUCUUGUCCAAGAUCUUUGCUGAUCUCAUCCCCAACCGCAUCAUCCCCAUCUUGGUGUUUUCAGCCAUUGCCUACUACAUGAUGGCACUGAAGACAGAUUUUGUGGCCUUCCUCUGCUUUUCCCUGACCCUGUCUCUGGUCAGCUUGGCAGGAGUCAGCCUUGCUUUCCUGGUCUCCGCCUCCGUAUCUACAUUCGCAAUGGCUAACAUCCUGAUUGCCCUCCCGUUUGUCUUCAUGAUGGUUUUUGGUGGUUUUCUCGUCAAUCUCAACUCCAUGCUGAGUUGGUUGUCUUGGUUGAAAUGGAUCAGUAUUUUCAAUUAUGGGCUAAAUGCUGUAUACAUCAACGAGAUGAAAGGCCAGAUUUUCUACAGCAACAAUACCAUAGUCCCAGGAGAGGUAUUUCUGAAAAGUAUGGACAUUGACUACUCUGUGUGGGGAUUCUGGAAGAAUGAGGUGGCUCUGCUGGGAAUCAUUGCUGUCUGCAUGGCGCUGGCUUAUGUGCAGCUGCUGCGAAUCAACCGAUGGAAGUGAUGCCAACCUAUCUGUUCGUUUAUAUUUAUUGGGAUUUUUACCAGAUAGAGAAAAUUGUUUUAAGUUUAUUCUAUAAUAUAUUUCUUUCUUUUGUCUUUAGUUGUUAAAAAUUUUGAAAGGAAAAAAUAAAUAAAUUUGUUUAACAGCUCA